AUGUUUUUAAUUGGUAUUUUGCUUGCACGUCCACAAUAAACAAAUUAAAACUCUUUUUGUGCCAAUCUGUCACCAUGGCGGCUCAUAUAUUAAACAACAACCCCACCCCCACCCGUUUCUCCUCUCUCACUCUCACCCUCUUCCCACUAAUAACAAUUCCCUCACCACCACCGCUUCUCCGGCCAACCACCACCUCUUUUUCCGGCGAGCCCAUCACUUCUAGCACCCAACAACACCAACUCCUAUAUAGUAGAGAAGAUGCAUAUGUAAGAGUUUGUGUAUUAUAUAUAAAAUAAAAUAUAAAUAUAUAUAUCAAACCCAUACAACAAGAUUCACAAUAAUUCGAAGCCCAUUAUGUACCGUAGAAUCAACACCCGACCAUUAUACGUGGCUGACAUAGAGGACCAGGAGAACGAGCCCGAGCCCGCAUCAGAAGCCGGGCCUGCUUCUCCUUCCUCAGGUGAUGACACAAAAUUUGAAGCACCAUCACCUAAGAAAAGGGGGUUUCAUAAUACGGUACGUAGGAGGGAGAUGAAGAAGAGAGUGGUCACAAUACCGAUCGGUGACGUGGACGGAUCUAAGAGCAAAGGAGAAUCAUAUCCACCGUCCGAUUCAUGGGCCUGGAGGAAGUACGGCCAGAAGCCCAUCAAAGGCUCACCUUACCCAAGAGGAUAUUACCGAUGCAGCAGCUCAAAAGGGUGCCCGGCGAGGAAGCAAGUUGAACGAAGCCGUGUGGACCCCACAAAGCUCAUCGUCACCUACAACUACGAACACAACCACUCUCUUGAGUCCGCCGCUGGCUUCCCGCCGGAGGAUCUGACGGUAUUCUCGAGCCACGUCGAUCUCGACCUCUCCGGCGACUCCGCAGUACUUCUCAGCCACCACAACCACCACGGAUUCGGGUGGUUCGACGACGUGGCCUCAGCCGGCGGCGUCCUGGAGAGUCCGAUCUGUGGCUGCGUUGAUGACAUGGCGCUGACGGCGGAGGAGGAGGACGGGGAAGAGUCGCUUUUCGCCGGCCUCGGCGAGCUGCCGGAGUGCUCGGCUGUUUUCCGGCGAAGGAAUAUUCCAAGCGCCAGCGCGAUCCAGUGCGGUGGCAUCACAGGAUAACAGUGAGACUGUGCUGGGAACCUUUUUUCGGUUUUUGUCCAGCGAUAUAUAUUAUAAUAUUCAUGGCCUGAAAAUCGUGCGCAUUUAAAAAGGAAAAAAAUGAGAAUAUAAUAGAAAUAAACUAUCUUAGAUUCAUGGGAUUUCUUUUCUUUUUUACCCCUUGUUUUGUACAUUUGAAUAAAUAAAUAAAAAAUUGUUUAGCCGGCCA